AUGAAGGAAGGGAAGGACAUUGGCUCAAUACCAGACGAACUUCUAAAAGAAGAAAAAGAAAGAGAUGAAUUCUCUUAUCCAGAGACACCAAUCCUCUAUAAUGAAGAAAAUAAUGAUGUCGAAGAAGAAAUAGCUUAUAACCAAGCUGUUACUGAAAGCUUAAACAACUUGGAUAAAGGAAAUACAAAGAGACCAGAAACAUAUGACGAAUGGUGUAAAGAAACAUCCAAAGUGAAAUGUACUCUUUGUAAAGAAUGUCUUUUACCAAUCGACAUUAAAGAAGAAAGCAGUUAUGUGAAUGUAACAAAUAUGAUGGAAAAAGCCAUCCAUCCAUAUUGUAUUGAUUGCUACAACAAAGUAUAUCAUCCGACACAAUACUGUACCAAAUGCAACCAAAAUCCUCUAGGAUCAGAAGAAGACCUAGCAAGAGGAAUAUGUCGAGAAUGCUAUACCAAAAAAAAAGAAAAAGCUAAGGAAGAACCUCCAAAAGACUACUUCUUCCAUGAACCAAUGACAACUGAACAAGAAGUAUUAAAUGAAAUACUUUACAAUUAUCCUUUACGAUUUGAGCAUAUAGAAGAAGCACUCUCCAAAGUAGAAAUAGAAAACCAAAUACUUCGACAAUAA